CGUUCUCUAACGAAAUCACCGGCGACCGGUAACCGGCUCAAAGUUUCCGGUCAACUUCCGGUCAAAACCUACAAAUACUUUCUCUCUUACGCUUCCUCAAUCGCUGCUGCGGUCUUUUUUUUUUUCCUUUUUCCUUUUUCUCCCCAUUUCCCCUCUUUUUCUCGUGGAUUAAUCUCAGAAAAAAAAGGUGAGGAUUGAGGAGGAGUUCACCGGAUUGUACAUGUUAUUCUGUUCAAAAUGAUAGGAUCUCUUGUCACGAGAGCCCUAGCAUUGGUUCUUGGCUAUGCUUAUCCAGCUUUUGAGUGCUAUAAAGCCGUGGAAUUGAACAAGCCGGAGAUUGAGCAGUUGCGGUUUUGGUGUCAAUAUUGGAUCCUAGUCGCUGCGUUGACGGUAUUCGAAAGAGUGGGAGAAAGUUUUGUUUCAUGGUUGCCUAUGUACAGUGAAGCUAAGGUGGCAUUUUUUGUAUAUCUUUGGUAUCCUAAGACCAGGGGAACGGCUUAUGUCUAUGAAACCUUCUUUCAACCUUAUGUUGCUAAGCAUGAGACUGAGAUUGAUCGUAACUUGCUCGAGUUGAGAACAAGAGCUGGGGACAUGAUCGUUCUUUAUUCACAGAGAAUUGCUAGCUAUGGUCAGACAAGAAUCUAUGAAAUCUUACAAUAUGUUGCUUCGCAGUCGCCAUCUCAGUCAUCAAGACCUCGUCCUGCUCAGCAACAACGCCAGCAACCUCAGCAAGUUCGUCAAACAGCGCUGGCCACAUCCACACGCCAACCAGCAGUACCGACACAGCCUCAGCAUCAGCUUACACGCCAACAGCCACCCCCAGCUAUUUCCUCAAAAAGCCAGCCACAAGAACCUACAAAGACAUUGGCACCUUCUUCAGUACCUGUACCCUCUGCUGCUGCUGCUGCUGCUGCUCAGUCUCAAUCAUUAGGGAAGUCCUCUAGCCUUCCGAGCUCCACUGCUCAGCCUCAAACGCUAGCCAAGGCUCUUAGCAUCCCAAUUUCUUCUGAAACCGUUCCAUCUUCCGCUACCCCUAGUGAACCCGAGGCAAUGGAGAUUGAACUGGCCAAUAAUGCUACAUCGAGCAAAGACUCCAAUCCACCUCCUCCUCAAGAGACGACUAUUGAAGAGGCGAUACGCGUCACGCGUGGGAGGUUGAGGAAACGGGCUGCAACGGGUGGUAGUUAAAUUCUGUGGCGGCAUUCGUCAUCUUCGAUCUUUCUGCUUGUUUGCAGGGGUUUAUUGCUAUAUAUUCUUUUGGGAGAGGGGGUGAGAAGAUGGUCUUGAUAAUGUUCUGGGUGGGGAAUUGUUUUAAAGAUUCUCCCGGUGGUGAGUAAAUAAUCUUGAUGUGGAUGGAGAUGUUGAUAUAGGAACUAGUUGCUGGUAAGAUUCAUGUGAUGAUAUUUCUUUCGAGCUAAUAUUUUGUUCUUGUUGUUGUACUGGAUUAUUGUUUGCAAGGGGCCCAGAAGUUCAGCCUGCACUAGCCCAACGAACGGCCCCUCCUCUUUGAUGAUUGGGCUUGAGCCCGCAAACUUUGGUUUGA